GAAUAAUGGGAGGAAAAGCAGAAGUGGACAUUAUUUUGACUCACUUCUAUGCCAAUAAAAAUAUUUAGCAAUGCAACAGCACCUGAAAAGGUCAAAAUCUAGAGACAAAUUACAGAGAAGGUGAAUUAGGUGCCAGCUAAGUGAGGUGACAUGAAAACAGUGGAGAGAAAAGAUGUACACUGUGCCUGGGUAAUCAUGCACACCAAGCACAUCACACAGGGAAACUGCUAUUUCUAAAUUCUUUUAAGUGUCUUAGCUGAUGUGCACAAUGAUAAAAGAUGAUUUCAUGGCAAACAACCGAUGUAUAACUCACCUUGCAUUGUUUGAGGAAAAUCAUACCAGUCUUUAAAUGUCCUUUCAUGUUUAAGCAAGCGCUAAAUCUUCAGUCAUCUGAGGCAUUUGUUUAUGGUUUACAGCUAUGUGCAGACAGACCAGCCUGUCCUCCUUUCAUACGGAGGCAUUUCAUGUGUCAUAAUUGAAUAUGACUAGGUUUAUUUGUCUUAAUAUAUGGUUUAAUGUUGGCCUGCUUUCUUUAUUUUUUAUAUUCUUUAAUUAAUGCCAAUAAUGUAACAGCGAGUUGUGUCAAAAUUUUCCCAAUGGUAUUUUUAGUCCCUGAUCUAGUGAACUAGCAUGAGGAUGUGUUUUUGAUGGAGACUCCAAAGCACUUCUAUACUCUAGAUAAGGGCAUCUGCUAAAUGCUGUAAACAUAAUAAAAUAAUCCAUGCAAAUUAUAUGAGGUGAAGUCAAUCAAGUCAAGGUUUACAUUAGUUAGUCUUCUUAUGCAUAAAUUAACACUCAGGAGCACAAGUACGAACGUUUUUCUGAAUUUACAGGAUUUUCAUGAAUACCAAAUUUCUUGUGUAAAUGCUUGUACAAACAAUUUAUGAAUACACCUGUUUGUAUCCAGCUUGAUAAAUGAAGCCCAUUGUCACAUGGUAACACAACACAUGAGUUCCGAUUAUAAUUUCACAAAAAUAUGUUCAAUGGCUUGAAUAAUAAGCAGAUGUGCUAAAAUGUGUAAUUAAUAGAGAAUAAUGAUGUGGUAAUGGUUUAUUUUAGAGAUGUUACUUAUGUCCCUGGUAUAAAAGCUUAAUGGAAUACCUUGGCGUAUAAUUUAGAUAAGUUUUUUAAUUUACCCCAUACGUAUAAUUGAGUGGAAAAAGUUUGCACACCCCUAGGACAAAAUAAAGGAGAAAAUUAUUUUUAAAUAAACAAGACAUUUACCAGGUGUUCCUUCAUGAUCAUAAGUAGCAAAAAUAUGUGUGCUCGUUGAACAUCCCAUUCCAGAUUUAGUCCCCCUUUGCUGUUUUAAUAACCUCCACUCUUCUGGCAAGGCUUUCCACUAGAUUUUGGAGCGUGUGAUUGUCUGGUGUUCAUAUACUUUUGGCCUUAUAGUUUAUAUCAAUAUUAUUAGUGAAACUAAUAAAAUUUUGCAUUUUGUGCCUAAAUGUGAUAUAAAUAAUCUCUAAUAACUUGUAUGCCUAGGUGACAUGCAUAGAAGCCUGGGGUGUGCUGGUCCAUAAACUUUGCAAAAAUGUUGCAUUUUGUGCUUAAAUGUGAUAUAAAUAAUCUCUAAUAACUUCUGUGUCUACCUUUUUUUAUUUAUUCUGUCCUCCAACCUCUUUUGUAUCCUGUCUGUGGAUCUCAGGCUGAUUUGCCACUCAUUCCUCCUGACAUGUUAGGACUUGUUCAGAUUGCUAGGCCAGUCUUUCAGACCAGGUGCUGACUAAGCCAGUCUAAACAAACCUCUUCACUUCUUGCUUUGGAUUCUUUCCCAGCUUAUUUUUCUUUUGAUAUUGCUUUGUGCUUUCUGUUGUCUUAUUGCAAGACAUCACAUGUCAUGUUCUCGGAAAUUAGGCCUAACUGUUUGUAGAAAAGUCGUUAAACAGAAGUACACUUUCUUUCUUUUUAUAUCCAAAACCUUUGCGCUGAACUGCACAUUAGUGACAUUCCACGUCAGUGAAAAGUAAAACUGAUGACACACAUCCUGAAUUUGAACGUCCUGUCAGGGAAUAUCAAACCCUGGCACUUUGUAACCUUCUGGGGAUGUUAACCGUCUGUCUGCCAUGUCUUUGUGCUCUGUUUUGUUGUCGACGCGUUUGUUUUAACGAGAAAACCAAAGGCGAGGUGAAGUUUGGGGUCUUUGCGGAAGUGACGGCGUAGUUCCGGGUUUGGUUUGAACUGUCUCUCAGCACUGACUCUUUAUUAACUGAGCUGCACCCUUCAGCGGUGAGGAGGGAAAACACUGCAUUCAGCGCCACGGCGGUUGGAUUAUUUGUGCUCUGCUUGUGGACUGGACCUCAUGUCACCUCCACAAGUCAUCAGCCGGUUCACAUAGCCACACCGCUAGCUAGCUGGAUUUGUUUGGUUUGGUUUGGCUAAUUGAGCUGGACACUAUUUAAACCCCUAGCUGCUUCGUUCACUACAAACACAUGCACUUUUAGUUCCUGGGGUUUUCUUUCUUUCUUUUUUUACACCGGUUUUCAGCAAUGAGAGCCUUCGGAAAGAAAACUGACUGACUGAUGUUCACAGACUCUUCUGGAAACUCCAAGCUGUAAAUGAUAGUGCGGAUCUCCUAAGGUUUCAGCUAGCGGACAGAGAAGUGAUUUAUACGGUGUUAUGGUUGACAUGCUAAAGACUCGUCAGUGUCUGCUGUGUGUCCGCACUUUCUUUAGCGUGACGUCCAAGUUAUGGAGUUUAUUUUUGUAUAUCCUCAGGAAACCGCUAAGAACGAUAAUCCAAUAUCAGACGGUGCGAUAUGACACUUUACCCUUGUCACCGUUGUCUAGAACCAGACUCAAUUCAGUAAAGCGGAAGAUUCUGGUUUUAGACCUCGAUGAGACAUUGAUUCAUUCACAUCAUGAUGGGGUUCUGAGACCAUCGGUACGGCCUGGCACUCCUCCGGACUUUAUCCUUAAAGUUGUUAUAGACAAGCAUCCAGUCAGAUUCUUUGUGCACAAAAGGCCCCAUGUGGAUUUCUUCUUGGAGGUGGUCAGUCAGUGGUACGAGCUCGUAGUGUUCACUGCUAGCAUGGAAAUCUACGGCUCUGCAGUAGCAGACAAGCUGGACAACAACAAAGGCAUCCUGAAGCGCAGAUACUACAGACAGCAUUGCACACUGGAUCUGGGUAGUUACAUAAAAGACCUGUCUAUCAUACAUAGUGAUCUUUCUAGUAUAGCAAUUCUUGACAACUCGCCUGCGGCAUAUCGCAGUCAUCCAGAUAAUGCAAUACCUAUAAAAUCAUGGUUCAGUGAUCCCAGUGAUACAGCACUUCUUAACCUUCUGCCAAUGCUGGAUGCACUAAGAUUCACAGCUGAUGUUCGGUCCGUCCUUAGCCGAAACCUGCACCAGCAUCAACUUUGGUGAUCGUCCCACUGAGAGACAUUGAGUUUUUAACUUCUUUCCAUCCAGACUCUGUCCCUCUUUCGUACAACACCAGCACAAGUGUGAUCAGGUGAAGGUCCAAACUGAACUUGCUUGAAGGAAGUUAAAAAACAUUGGGAACAUGUUGACCCUUGGUGUCCUUUCCAUCUUCAGACUGGAGUCCCUGUCUUGAAUUUCUUCUGCAAUACUGUGGGAGGACUGCACACAAACCCAGGAGCACAGGGACAGAGCCCUGAAGGGACAGUUUUAUUUGCACAGUGCCAUGGUUUUAAUACGACAGACAUUAGAUUAUUCUGCAUUUCUCAGGUUAUUGGCAAUGGACAGUGUUCUUCCGUGUUCUUCCAUUGACGUGAGUAUGUGGAUGAGGAAAAAACAAAGAGCAGUAAUUUGGAGUCCUUGUUUCUACUCACCUUUCUUUCUCUUGAGUGAAGUCUUUGUAGCCACCAGCUUGGAAAAGUGAGUGUCAACGGGUGUUUUUUAAGGGCAACAAGAAUCCGUUUUUUUAACUCUUGACCUCUUGACAGUGCUUAAUGGAUGAGCAUUGAGACAAAAAUUAUUUUAAACAAAAUGUCUAAUUUGGACUCAGAAAUAAGUGGCCCAUCUAGGUGUCCUAUAAACAAGUUUCUUGGUCCUUGUAACAACACUUUAUAUUUUGUGAUGUUUAAUGUAAGGAUUAUUUUUUGACACAGACCCCAGGAGUCCAUCUAUAUUAGGGGGAAAUUGAAUGUUAUUAGGCUGUUGUUAAGGUGCCUUCUUAAAAGACAGGAGUUUUAUGGUUAAUGGUUUAUGUAUUAACAGACAAUUUUAAGUUGGCAGUUUUAUAUGACAGAUAUGUAGAAUGUUUUCCCCAGCCUGCUCUUUAGCAAAUCUAUAAAUAUUUCAUGACUCAUCACUUUUAUUCUUCUUAACAGUAUAGGAGUCUGGUACAGAAGCAAAUUAUGUGCCAUUUUCUUCACACGCAUUUAUUAAGACAUGCAAGGAAUGAAUGUUGCGUUGUAAGUCUGUAUAAGUGUACUGAACAGUUGGCUAAGCAACUGCCACUAUUUUGAUUUUGUUUUUAUGUUUACCCGUUCCAUAGUAAAUGAUAUUCUGCUCAAGUCUCAGGGCAGCUCCCUUGGACUCCAGUCCUGAGAUGAAUAAAACACAUGACAGUGUGAA